GUUUGACGCCUGUGUAUGACGCAUUUUAUAACCCACCUAUGGGAGUGGAGUAUUUAUUGUCCCGUUCUCGAAACGAAGGGAAAAUAUCGCGUUAUCAUUCGACGCGGUUACAGAGUGAACAUGCUGUUCUACUCGUUCUUCAAGUCGUUGGUGGGCAAAGACGUGGUAGUGGAGUUAAAAAAUGACUUGAGUAUCUGUGGCACACUUCACUCAGUAGACCAGUACUUGAAUAUCAAACUGACGGACAUCAGCGUAACUGAUCCAGAGAAGUAUCCGCAUAUGUUGUCAGUGAAGAACUGCUUCAUCCGUGGCUCUGUGGUGCGGUAUGUGCAGCUACCUGCUGAUGAGGUGGACACCCAACUGCUGCAGGAUGCUGCCCGCAAGGAGGCCAUGCAGCAGAAGCAGUGAUUUCACUAGGGGCCGGGCACAGCCGUAUUGAGGCGGGUGGUGGGACUGGCCAUUUCUGAGUUUGGGCGAAGCAUUUGUAGUUUUAAAGGCUGUGCUCUCCUUGGUUGUCCCAGACAUGGUCUCUCCAUUUUACAGUCUUUGUGAGGCUUCAGUCUCCGAGUCAGCGUGUUCCUUGGUUUGAUUUCAUUGAGUCAAUGUUGUGAUUAAUUUUAUAUUCUGUCUUACCCGACCGAAUCCUUAAACCUACCUCAGAGCAACAGCAAUACGGGUCAGCCUUUUUUUUUACCAUUGUUAUGGUAAGAAUUGUGUCAGAGGCCCCAUUUUUCAAGAAUUGCUCUGGAACAUGACCUCUAGUUUAUGAUUUUGCAGUAGGUCUUGCCAAGACAAAUUGGCAUAUCUUUUCAAACUAAUUAUGUAAUUCAGGCCUCUAGUUUCUGUAUGAUUUACUUUGCAAGUGACUUGUCUAAUCUGAUUUAUUUAAAAAAUAUGGCACUGGCUAUCAAUGUUAUGUCUGUAAAAAGGAUCUUCUAUCCCAAGCAUCUGUAGACCAAAGCUUUCCAUAGAUUUGUAAAAAAACUUGUAAAUAUUUAGACACAUGAACAUGCAACAGAUUUAUAAUUAAAGCCUCCUUGACUUAAUGAUUUUAAUUGAUUUCAGAAACCAAUGUGGAAACUGGCAAAGCUGUAUGUAGAAGUUUAUUUGGGAUCAUCAGCAGAGCUAAUUGGCACAGGCUGACACGGAUGAUUUAACUGAAGGAAACAGAAUUCCUAUUACACCUCAUCCUCUCAAAGUAUUUUUCUGUAAAGAUGACUCACUUAGUAGAUAAAAUAGUGGGUUGAGGGAAUACUUGACACAAGGUAUUUAAUCUUUUUUCAUAUCAAAAUGUCAGUUUUUAGACUGAUAGACUUUGAUGUGAGGAAUUGGUCUAGUUCAGUGCAACCAUUGUGGUAUGCCUGUUCCGCACUGUUAUAAAUUGCUAACCGUCUUUUUUUUAUUGCAGUAUAAUUCUUUAGAAAGCUUCUCGUUAGUCGUGUCCAGUUCCUGUGUAUUUUUUUUGUUGUUAAAAAAGAAAUAAAAAUAGUUUUUAGUUUUCUGUACUGCAUCUUUUCACUUUAAUCAUUGAGGAUCUGUGAUUCCAUUUUUUUGUAUGUUGUUUAGCUGACGAGCAAGAGAUUUUAAUUUGAUCAUGGUUUUGAUAUGAUUUAGAAAUAAAGUGAAUUUUGUUCCAA